AUGAAAACAAGAAGCACAAAACACAGAACACCUUUGGGUGCUAACCACGGAAAAUCUAGCACCUUUAUCGGAGCUAAACUUGCCAUUAGACUACUGCAUAAUUAUGUAAUCUUUUUGCUCAGUCAAGGAACCAAAAAUUGCUGCAGAAUCUGGAAAUCUGAUAAUGCAAAGGGUGGACAUUUUUCAGUGAUUGCUAUUGGCAAUGGGGAGCCUAAGAAAUUCUCGGUUGCAUUGGAUUAUUUGUGUUAUCCUCCUUUUGUAAGGUUACUGGAAGCAGCAGAGAGAGAAUUUGGAUUUGAGCAGCAGGGUGUGUUGGCCAUACCUUGCGAAGCGAGUGAACUUCGAAACAUAUUAUUGCAAGUUCCCGAGGAUUUAACCAAAUGA